AUGUCGAGGUCAAAGGAGGAAAAGGUGUUGAAAGACGGCGUCGAGAAGAAGCCCAAGAAGGAGACGAAGAAGGAAAAGGGCGAGAAGAAGGACAGGAGGGAGAAGAAGGAUAAGAAGGACAAGAAGUCGAAGGCCAUAGAGAAGGCAUCUAAGAAGACUGGCUUCUCAUUGCUGGCAGAUGAUAAAGUCGCGGAUCCUUCACUGUCGUCGCUGUUCGCAGCAAAGCCGACACCACCGCAACGAAAUACUGUCCAGGCCCAAGUCCAACAGUCUGACGAUGAGGAGGCAGACGAGGAUGGUGCAGACGCAAAUGCACUGGAGCAGGAUGCGCUCUCUGAUGUGGGCGAGGCCGUCGAUGGCGAGGACGAAGUACCAAGCCUGGACGAUGCAGCGACCAAACGCCGGAGGAAGCGCAAGCAUGAUGAAGACGAUGUUGAAGGCGCAUACAUGCGCCGACUAGCACGUGAAGAGGCAAAGGAUGCAGAAGUUAAGAAGGCUGAGCGUGCGACGAAACGACGGAAAGCCAACGGCGAUACGGAACAAUCUACUCUAGGGAAUGGGGUUGAUUCGGACAAGGAAGGUUCUGAAGAAGAUGCGAUCGGGUCUAACGAUGACAUUGUGGACGAGGACGACGAUGAAGACGCCGCAAUGUCACCACCGCCGAAACACGAAACCCAAGAAGGACCUUCAGACGAAAUAUCCAAGGCCAACCGCACCGUCUUCCUUGGAAACGUCUCUACCGCCGCCAUCUCCUCCAAUUCGUCUCGAAAAGCUCUGAAAAUCCACCUAUCUUCCUUCUUCGAGACCGUUCCUGCUCCUAAAGAUGGCGAGCCAAAACACGCAAUCGAAUCUAUCCGCUUCCGCAGCACUCCAUACGCUUCCGCCAUCCCCAAGAAAGCAGCAUAUGCCACCAAACAGCUCAUGGCCGCCACCGCCAAAUCCACCAAUGCCUAUGCGAUAUACUCCUCCGAAUCACUGACCCGCGCAGCCGUCAGAAAGCUCAAUGGAUCUAUCGUUCUCGGCCGCCAUCUUCGCGUUGACUCAGUCGCCCACCCGUCUAAGACCGACCACCGCCGCUGCGUCUUCAUUGGCAAUCUGGGCUUCGUGGACGAUGAAACCAACAUUCAAGCCGCAAAUGCCGAAGCAGGCCACGAGAACCGCAAGCCAUCCAAGCAGCCCGCAGACGUCGAAGAAGGUCUAUGGCGCACUUUCGGCAAGUGUGGGACUGUCGAGAGCGUGCGCGUCGUUCGUGACAGCACCACUCGCGUUGGCAAGGGCUUCGCGUACGUUCAGUUCGAAGACGAGAAUGGGGUGGAAGCAGCUCUGCGCUUGAACGAGCAGAAGUUCCCGCCCAUGCUGCCCCGGAAGCUUCGGGUAACCCGAGCGAAGGCGCAGAAGCGGAAUGCGAAACCAGGGUCUGAUCGGCCUUCUUCGCGGCCUUCAACAGGGACGGGGUAUCAGCGGAAGAUCACAGGCGAGGAGGCGUCCAAGAUCGGGAGGACGGGAAAGUUGUUUGGGCGGGCAGCGGCUGCGAACGUGAGGAGGGGGAGUCAGAGGGGUGGCGGGAAGCAGAGGACGGGUGCGAAUGAGACUGCGUUAGGGAAUCGCGGUGAGGCGAAGUUGGGUGAGGGCAUCAGGAAGCCGGAGAGCUUUGUGUUUGAGGGACAUAGGGCAACGAGUGGUGGUGGUAAGGCGGGACUUAAGCUUGGAGGAAGGAAAAAGAAGCCCGGGGUCACGGGGAGGAGCAAGGCUUUCAAGUCGAAGGGGAAGGGUAAGUGA